AUGCUACUCCGCAAGAAAUGUACCGGGCACAGCUUUUUGCUCGCCUUCACCGGUGCAUUCAGCCGGCUGUUGGAGCUGUUUAAUUCCAAAGGGGAUACCUACCAAGAUGCGCGCCUCAGACGGGGUAUUCGUCGUGUGUUAGACCUGCAGUUCAAAGGCAUUAACGCAGGCUUUCAACUUCAAUGCACGAACUGCAACACGCGCGAGACAACAAAUAAUUAUGACCCUGUCUACCUCACCAGCCUCGUGGACACAUCCGUCUCCCCGCCAGUCGCACUCGUACGGCUCUGGCACAACCUUGACUUCCUCUGUGCAGACUGCCGAAACGGAUUGACCGCACACGCCAACGGGACCACAGCAGCAGCAGCAGUAGCAGCUGAUGCUGCUGGAGCCGCCGAGGCGGUGGCCGCCGCCGCCGCCCUGCCGCCCACCCCCACCGCCUCCGGCGGUGUAGUCCCCAUGCGGCCCCGCCCGCCCACCUGCCCUCCUCCCACACGGGCAGCCACGGCGAAGGACAGGACCACCACCAUUACUACCACCACCGCCGCCGCUGGCGGCGGCGGCGGUGCUGGUGUUGGUGGAGGUGUUGGCACCUCCAAAGCUAUCAAGUCGCCGCCGCGGCCGGAGAGAGCUCAGACCCGUAGGACUACUUCCACUCCGGGUCCUGCCGUGCUGGCGUCAGGACCAGGGGUGAAGGGGGGCCUGACGGAGGCGGGGGCAAGUAGGGACAACGCUGCUGCUGCGGCGGCGGCGGCGGGAGUGUCGCUGCCGGAGCGAGAAGCAGCGCAGUCCCGGAGCCAGACACACGGAGCUGACGGAGGCGGAACGGGCCCCGUGGGUGCUGCAGCCGGGGGGGAGGUAGGCCCCGACGGCGAGAGAGCUGCAGUUGCAGCUACUGCCAGCGGCAGCGCCGGGGCCAUUACAGCGGCAGCACGGGAUCAUUAUCAUCAGCAGCAGCGUGUGGCUGAUUCCUGCAGCGGUGGCGUGUUGCUGCAGGAGUACUUUGAAGCUCGCAGCAGUCCGGUGAAGGGCAAAACAUUGUACGCGGCGCGUGUGGACGUCACGUACACGCGGCGUUUUCUCUUAUUCUGUCCCCCUCCACCGCGGCAUCAGAACUACCUCCUCACCUUGCCCUCGGCGGCCGCCUCCGCCAGUGGCGACGUGGCGGCUGCCGUACGAGCCGUCGAACCUACCACAGCAGCAGCGACGGCGGCUAAUGACGGAGCGGGCGGUAGCGCUCCUGCUGUUACCGUCCCACCUGAGGCGGCAGCAGCAGCACCAGCUGCGAGGCCCAGUCCAUCACAUCUGUUAAAUAGCGCGAAAAGCGCCGCCGCGGCCGCAGAGCGGUUUAGUGCUGAGUUGCCGGCUGCGGAGGUGGAACGGCUCCGGAACCUGAACUUUGCAGUUCCGGGUGCGGCGCUGCAGACGCUGUCGCAUGCGUUGCUGGCUAUCGCGGACUGGGUGCUGUCGCCGCAGUUCCUGGAGUUCCCAGACGCGGCUGCGGCAGCGGCGGCGGCGGCGGCUCUCAAGGGCGGCAGCGCCGCCGCUGCCCCCGCCGCUGCCCCGGGUCCCAGCAGCACCCCUGGCGGGAUGGCCCAGAGGCGCAGCAGUAGCAUCGCCGGCCCAGCUGCCCCAGCCCCAGUCGCCGGUAACCCCUCCUUGGCCGUCGCCGCACAGCUGCGGCCCUGGGCCUUUGCCGUACGCGAGAAUGAAGACGUACAGUCAUACGGCAACUGCCUGCGUCCUUCGCUGCUGUGUUUGGGCGGGCGCGAUAUGGGAAAGCCGCCGACGUCGCUUCUGGAGGUGUUGAACACGCCACCGCUGCGGUUCAGCGUGGCGAUGGAGGUGCUGGGUCAGAAAGACUUAUCGCUGGGGGCGGUUGUGGGUGCAGUGGCUCGUACAUUGAGUACCGCCAGGGGCGGUGGGUUCAAAAUGAGGCCCGGAUUCGUGCUGCCCCUGCAGCGGCUGGCUGCGCUGCUGAAGAGGCGCAACAAGCGGACGCAGGGCGGGCCGUGGAAGUUGGCCCCCGGGCAACUUCACGCCCGACUGGGCGAACUGCUGGAAGGGGAUGUCACCUACAACAGCCGAAACACACAGCUGUUUCAGCAACAGCAACAGCACCAAGGGGCUGAUGCGGCUGGGGUUGGUGGGGGCGGCCUCAGUGGCAGCCAACAUGCAGGGCCAACAACAACAACAGCAGCAGCAGCUCACCCCGUGGAUGCUUUCCUGCGCGACCUCGGGGCGACACGGUUUCAGGUGUUGGAGGCCCUACGGCUGGAUGAUGUGGACGCCAAUGUUGGCUUCUGUGUGCAGUGCGGCGUUGUGGGCCAGAUGGUGGUGGCUUGCGACUCCUGUGUGGAUUCGUACUGCUGUUCCUGCCUGGGGGGUGUCGAUCCGGAGGACCUGGAUGACAACUGGAGGUGCAGAUACUGCCAGGCGAUGUUCAGCGCCACCAACGCCAACGCCGCGGGUGGCAAAGCCCGGGGGGCCACCGCGGGUGGCGCUGCAUGUCUCUUUGGGGCCGGGCCCCCGGGGCCCCGGGGCGGCCCCUCUCAGGGGCAGCAGGUCCCACACGACGCUGCGACGGGUCAACCUCCACAUUCACUCGUGAAGAAGGAGCUGGACGGUGCGGCGUCCGAUCCAGACGACGACGACGAUGGCGUUGAUGACGACAUUGGCGAUGUGGUGGUUACGGGUGAAGUUCUCUGUCGCGUGGACGACACGAGUGGGACGACGCUGAGCUCCGCUGAAUACGUCGAGGACGGUGAGGUGGGGGAGGGAACGGGGGUGGUGGAGGCGACGGCGGCGGCGGCGAGACGGGACAGCGCCAAUGCAGUCGCUGCCGGCGACGGCGGCAAGGGUGGCAGCCGACCCGAUGCCAAGCGCCCGCGCGACUCGACAGGCGAGCGGGAUCAGCAGCUGCCGGAGACGGCCGCCGCCUCCGAUGCGGCGGCAGCAGCAGGGGCGGCGCAGAUUCGCAAAGCGGCUCGGCUGUCGACGGCGGCGGCGAGAGGCCUGGCCCAGCAGCAGGGGGAAAGCGUUCCAGGUGCGGCGAAGGCGGAUGCGGAGGUGGAGCUGGAGGUGGUGCAUGAUGACGAUCAGGAUAAAGCUGUGGAAGAUGGCGGGGCUGAGGCCGUGGGGCAAAGGCGCGUCGGUGUAAAGCGCCACCGUAGCAUCAACCCCGGCGAAGGCGAAGGCGAUGGUGUCGUGGACUUGGCUGACGGGCAAGGGACGCAGCGCACGGCCCAGCGUCGUAAGCGCCAUGAUAGCGGCAAGGGGAUGGCAGAAGGGGAUGGUGCUGGCGGGCGGCUGCAGGGGGCGGGAAUUGCGCGCCAGGGCUUGGUCGGCGCAGCCAAAGGCGGCGUAGGCGCCGCCGACGUCGAGAUGGUGGACGUGGGGGGGGCGGAGGCGGAGGCCGCGGAGGCCGCUCGACGCCGCCAGGGGAGUGAGGACGACGACUAUCGAUCUGCUGCAUCUGAGCCAAGUGGAUCUCCACCAUCCCCCGACGUCGCCGUCAGAGCCGCGGCCGCCGCCAAAGGCCAGCACCAGUCCUUGACCGCAGCUGGCGAUCUUUUCGGACCUUCCGCCGCAGCGGGACAACCCCGAGCACGAGCAGCACCCGCGGCGGAAGCGGCCGGCAGCGGGAGCGACGGCGACGGCGACGGCGAGUUGUCCGAUGUCAGUGAUGCUGAGGUGGCGGAGGGAACUGGCCCUCGCCGGGGGCGAGCUGCUGGUCGGCGACUGCAGGACGGGGAUUAUGAGCCCAGUAGUGAGAACUCCGAAGAAGGCGGCGAGGAUGAUGCCAUUGACAACAGCAGCAGCGGCGACGGCGAGGAGGAGGCGGAGGUAGAGGAGGAGGAGUCGCCGGCGUCGCGGCAGGCCCCCCAGCGGCAAUCGACACGAACAGCAGAGCUGGCGGCGAGGCGUGCCGCCACCAGCACAGCGCCGGCUGGGGACGCCAGCGCUGGCGGGGAUACUGAGGGCACGGAUGCGGAGUCUACGGGGAGUGAUGACAGCAGCAACGGCAGCGACGUCGAAGUGGUGGGGUCGACAGGCAGCAUCCCCAUGGACGACACGGACGCUGCUGCGGCGCUGAUGAUGCUCAACACCAAUAAAGACGCCGCCAACGAUGGGGCCGCUUCCAAGCCGAAUGCAGCGCCGGCGGCGGCAGCGACGCAGCAGCAACAGCAGCAGGGAGUAACCGCCGACAUAACAGCGCAAGGUACGGGAGCAGAUGCACAGGCUGCUGCUGCGCCGCUCCCGCCGCUGCCGCAGCCGGCGGCGACUGAAGCGGCAACCGUGAAGCCGCCGCCGCCGCCGCCACGCAGCGAUGAGCGCGCAGCAGAAACAACACAACCUGCAGCAACGGCUGCGGCAACGGCAGCCGCAGCACCCACGCCGGCAGCGGCAGCAGCAUCUGCACCUGCACCUGUAGCAGACGGCGGCACCUCCGUUGCCCAUAAAGAAAUCCCUGACGCCGCAGGCAUUUCACCCUCCCCUGCGGCAGAGGUGGAGGCGGCAGCGCAGCCAUCUCCAACUCAGCCGUCUCCGCAGCGGCGAGCUCCACGCUCGCCGCCGCCGCCGCCGGCACAGCUGCAGGGCCUCCAAGCUGCUACAGCGCCGAACGGCCUGGCGGCGGGAGCUGCUGCACCCCCUCCCGUGGCAAACCUUGCGCAGCAGAGCGCUGCGGCAGCUGCUACCACUGCCUCCGGCCGCGGUGUGAAGGCGAUGCCCACGGCGGAGGUUGGUUGCUCCGCUACAGCAGCGGCAGCGGCAGUGGCGGCAACGCCUCGACGGCCCUCCGGGCCCUUUGCAGAGGGGCAGCCAUUCAGCAAGAAGGAGGCGACCAAGGCGGGCUGCAGGGUGUUUGAGUACGCGGCUGAGAGAGGCGUGGAUCCCUCGUUACUGGCCCAGUGGACGGCGGCGCUGGCACAUGUGCUGGAGUGGUACGACACGGACACGGAGCUGCAAGGAACGCUCAAGGCCUGUCUCAACGGCUUGGCGUUGUCGGCCACACACGCCGUGCAGCUGGCCAAUCUGGAGGACAUGGUCCGCUCCAUCACCAAGCUGCUGCAAAACGCCUCGAGGGAGGUUGCAGCCGCCGCAGCCGCCGCAGCCGCCCCCUCGGCGCCUGAUGACGCGGCGAAAGCAGCGACGACGGCAGGACAAUUCACCAGCUGA